GAGAGAGAGAGAGAGAGAGAGAGAGAGAGAGAGAGGGAGAGGGAGAGAGAGACAGAAGGAGAGAGAUAGAGAGAGCAGAGCAGAGGCUGGAGAGCAGUGCGUCUCACACAGAGGUGAGACCGGAGGAGAGGGACUCUACCCGGGGACACAGAGGACGGUAAACCCGCCUGAACUCACUCUACGCACUAAGAAAUACCUGUGAAAUACUAUAUGUAUCGACUAAUUAUACAGUAUUGGGAUGCGCCACUCGUGCGUUAAAAAGCCUGGCACCGUCUCCAGAACGCACACGAAGCACCGGGAGGAACCCAUACAUAACCAUCGUUAAACCUUAUUGUUGGACACUGUCAACCUUUUUCAAUACUCGUUUAAAAUCUCUGCACCGGGGGAGGACAGAGUCAGAAGGAGGAGGAGGGGAAGGAAAAACAAAACGCAUCAUCGGCAGACUUGAUGUGUUUUUUUACGCCGACUUCCGAAAAAGAAAAAGUGAAGGAAGGAAGGAACCCGAGUGGAGAUUAAACAAAGUGUAAAUGUUUUGAACUGGAAAUGAAUAAUCAACCCUGACAAAGCUGACAGCGGGUGGUUCAUUGAGUGAGCGUGAGGCAGAGCGUCCGGAGCGUUUUCACACCAAAGACACCAAACAGAUUCCACAUUUAACUGCGGACCAAUUCUCCGAGGGUGAGAUAUUUUUUCCUCCGGAGCAAAACCCAUCUGACAGGAUUAUUAUUUAUGCAUAUGAUUUCCUCGCAUCACACUCUGUAACUAUAACUGUGCAGUGAGUUGGAGGAGGUGAGAGCGCAUGGAAACAGUUUACAUCUUCUCUAUUUUUUUGUAACAUCCCAGAAACUACAAAGAAUCUGUGAAACUACUGACCCUGAAUGAACUAGUGGACCUGCAGAUGCGUUCUUAGUGACUUGCUGGUGGUCCCUGGACCUCAGUUUGGGAAAAGAGGAAAGACUGAUCUCUUCUUUCUACUCUGCAGUGAUGUAAUGGAGGGUUAACACACCUUAACUUGACCUUUUUGUUUGCUGAACUGUGCAUAAUUAACUUUUUAGGGUCAAUGACAAAUUCAUGUGGUGUCUGAAAACUAAGUCCAAUACACUAAUGUUUCUCUCAAAAAAUCAUUUAUAAUUUAAAAGAGAACAAACAGUCCAAGGCACUCUUUCUUUAAAAGCCUUUAUUUAGAUGGCUAUUUCAUAUCCAAAUCUUACAUUAAAAGUAGACCUUGGCAGCAACCCACGCUCAUCGGCACAAAGCAGCCUUCUUCACUUUUUUUCUUCCUAAUUUAUAAUUUCAUUUGAAAUUAAAGUUGUUUUUUUUUUAAUCCCACAAUGCUCAGAGACUCUUAGUGCGUCUUCAAAACAUGGAGAAUGUGUCCAUCCCUGGCGGUGCGCCACCGCCAGUCUGCAACGACUCGGUGGACUUUUACUCCCUCGCGUCAGGCAACCGCACUGACCCGAACUGCACUCCUCCAUCUGAGUUUUACUUCUACGCUGACCUUUACAUAAUUUUACCGGUCAUCUACUCUGUAAUCUGUGCAGUGGGGCUGACAGGCAACACGGCUGUCAUCUACGUGAUCCUCAAAGCCCCCAAGAUGAAAACGGUCACCAACAUGUUCAUCCUGAACUUGGCCAUCGCCGACGACUUGUUCACUCUGGUAUUGCCGAUCAACAUAGCCGAACACCUGCUGCACUACUGGCCUUUUGGCGAGGUUUUGUGCAAAGUCAUCCUGAGCAUCGACCAUUACAACAUCUUCUCCAGCAUCUAUUUCCUGACAGUUAUGAGCAUUGACCGCUACCUGGUGGUUUUGGCCACAGUGAGGUCCAAGCGCAUGCCGUACCGCACCUACCGAGCAGCCAAAAUCAUCUCGCUCUGCGUCUGGAUCCUGGUCAUCCUCAUCGUCCUGCCUUUCAGCGUUUUCGCUGGCGUAUACAUGAACCCAAACGACGGCAGAAAGAGCUGCGUGCUCAGCUUCCCCAGCCCAGAGAGUUUGUGGUUCAAAGCAAGCCGGAUCUACACGCUGAUCCUGGGCUUUGCCAUCCCUGUCUCAACCAUCUGCAUCCUGUACACCAUGAUGCUAUACAAGCUGAGGAACAUGCGGCUCAACAGCAACGCCAAGGCGCUGGACAAGGCCAAGAAGAAAGUCACCAUCAUGGUGUUCAUCGUCUUGGCCGUGUGCCUGUUCUGCUGGACGCCGUUCCACCUCAGCACCAUCGUGGCUCUGACCACGGAUCUGCGGACUACGCCGCUCCUGAUCGGCAUCUCCUACUUCAUAACCAGCCUGAGCUACGCCAACUCCUGCCUCAACCCAUUCCUCUACGCCUUCCUGGACGACAGCUUCCGGAAGGCCUUCAAGAAAAUGUUGGAAUGUAGACCGGCCUGACUGUAUGACGCAGGGAAAAACCUGUCGCAGAGGUCCGUGGAGACUUGCUGAGCGAGGACAUGGACUGUGAUGAAUUUUUGAUUUGAUUUGGUUCGCUUUGUUAAAGCUGCACUAGGCAACCUUGCGCAUUGUUUGCACAUGAUAGAAAAUCUUUCGUUUAUCUUCGAUACAUAGCAAACAUCUAAGAUUAUGCCUGUAAACGGCGCACAGCAUCCUGUGACAAAAACCCAUCUAUAAAUGCUUUAUACUAGGGAUCGACUGAUACUGUUUUUCCAAGGCUGAUUCCGAUUAUUAGUAGUUCAUGAAACCGAUAACCAAUUUUUGGAACCGAUAUGCAUAUACAGUGAAAAUGAAAAUCUUUAAGUCAAAAUUAAGAUUUUGGAAUGUUACAUACUCCAACACAAAACUUUCUUUAAAAGCUUUAAGCAAUUAUUUAUUAUAUUAGAAACUUUCAACACA